AUGACAACCCCCAACACUCCAGUCCCACCAGCCAAGAAGCCAGCGACAAACGCCACAAACGCAAUCCCAUCAGCAGCGGAAGAUCCAAUGCACUCGCACUCGGUCGAGGCUCUGCUCGGGGAAAAGGAAAAGGAAAAGGAAAAGGACAUGUCGAAUGCGGAGCUGCAAGAUCGGAUCUCCCAGUUGGGUGUGGGAGAGGAGGAUAUCUCCGACGAGCUGGAAGAUGAGGGAUCUGGGGGGGAUCAGCAGCUUGGACACGCAUACAGCGGCAGUGACGAAUGUCCCGAGGGUCUUGCAGCCGGCGAGGAAUCUGGCUCCGGAAAUGACGCGGCGUUGGAGCGUUCCCGCAACGAGAAGUCCGCGAAAGCGGUCAAGAAGCACGUCUGGAAUCUCUGGCCCAACUUCCAGCUGCCCGAGUUCAUCUCCCACCUCGUCAUUCUCGCCCUACUCACGACCAACAUCCUCUCUGGCGUUCUCUAUCUGAGCAGCGAUCGCCAUGGCGGCAGCAGCAGCAAUCCAACAACAGCAGCACCACCGUCUUGCGACUGCACCACAGGAAAUGUUGGCAAUGUCCCGGAUCUCCUCACUACUACAUCCCAAGGCUGGCCCAUCCGCACUUUCUCCUCCCAUCCCGAGGCAGCCCUCACCUCCCUCCGCUACCUCCUCACCCUCAUGCCCACGACCCACAUGACUCCCGAUCGUCAUCAGUCCCUCGAUCAAUUACUCGUCGAGGCCGAACAAGCCGUCCCCAUCAGCACCUCGGAGGAGGAGGAAGACGAGAUGCUCUCCUCCUCCUCCUCGUCUCCCUCACAGGAGGAAGAAUCCGGAAAAAUCUACACCCUCCCCCCAGCUCUCCUCCUCCACCCCACCGCCGGCGUGGGCGUGGGCGUAGGCGUGGGCGUAGGAGGCGCCUGCCACGUCGCAGACGAGGAACUCUGCCGCGUACGGGAUCUCUAUCUCCCGCGGGGUCUCGCAGGCGUGGACUGGGAAUGCGAGGCGGCGGAGAUGUGGGUCGACGAGUGGAAUUCGAUUGUGAGGGGUUGUGUGAAGGGGUUGAUUGGGCGGGUGAGGGGGAGGGCGAGGGCGAGUCAUGGAGAGGUUGGAAGGUAG